AUGGCUGGAAUAAGAAAGAAGGAAAUAAAAAUUGAAAAUAUUGAGAUUAAAGAAGAGAUUCCAGAAUAUAUCCUUCCAUCCCCUUCUGAAGCGGAAACAUCUGCUGUUUAUAUAAAGGAGGAAGAUGUUAAGGUGGAAAUUACUGAAACUAAAGAUGAAAUAGUAAACCAGGAAGAGGAUUCUCUGUUGUCUGAUGUGAGGAGAAAAAAGAGGAAAACAGGAGGAGGAAGAUUUUCUUGUGAUAAAUGUGAGUACGUUGCAACUACAAUAAUUCUUCUGAGCAGACAUGUGAGUAAACAUGAAGAAGGAGGAUAUCCCUGUAAUAUAUGUGAGUACGUUGCUUCCCAUUCAGGUAAUUUAAAACAGCAUAUUGAAAGUAAACACAUAGGAGUGAGAUAUCCUUGUGAUAAAUGUGAAUACGCUGCAACAACAGCAGCUAGUCUGAAAAUACACAUUGAGAAUAUUCAUGAAGGAGUGAGACAUCCCUGUGACAAAUGUAAUUACGCUGCGACUUCAACAAGUUCACUGAAAAGCCAUAUUAAGCGUAAACAUAAAGAAGUGAAAUAUCCUUGUGAUAAAUGUGAGUAUGCUGCUACUUCAGCAAGUCAACUAAGAGAGCAUAUGAAGAGUAUCCACAAAAGAUUGAGAUACCUUUGUGAUAAAUGUGAGUUCACUUCUACUGAAAGAAUUCAUCUUAGUAUGCAUAAAGAGAAUAAACAUGAAGGAAUAAGCAUGCAGUGA